CCCCAAACUCCAUCAACUCCUCCUCCCAAUCCACCCAUACACAAUGUCGCACCACGCCCGUAUUGAGGAGGUAUCAGACUCUGACCCCGAUGAGGUCGCCCCCUCCGACAUGAUGGAGGAGAACUCCAUCAUCGAGAGGGCCGCAAUUCCUAUUCGGUCCACUCCAUCCCCCGCCGCACCAACACCAAUGGCUCCUCCAAUGGCCCAGCAGAUGCCAGAGCCCCAGCGCGAGAUCCCCAGGCACUUCCAAUGCCUUUACCCCAUCUAUUUCGACAAGACUCGCUCGCGCGCGGAGGGGCGUAAAGUCGGCUCCGAGCUUGCGGUGGAGAACCCGCUGGCUCGAGAUAUCAUGGAUGCAGUGCAGAUGUUGGGCUUGCAAGCUGGUCUGGAACCGGAGAAGCUCCACCCGAAGGAUUGGGCGAACCCAGGUCGUGUGCGCGUGCAUCUGAAGAAUGAGGACGGUCGGCUGGUGAACCCGAAGAUCAAGAACAAACACCAUCUAUACAUUCUCGUUUCUCAAUACCUGAAAGCCCACCCCACCGACGAGAAAUCACCGUAUCGCCUGCGAAUCCGUGGUCUGCCCAUGCCCGAGAAGCUUCCUCCCGCCCCGCCUGCCCCACGUGGAUGGAAGAUUGGCAAGAUUCUGCCCAUCCACUCCCCUGCAUACAGUGGCGGUGGUGUCAGUGACAACCCGUUCAAGGAAGCGAUGGCUGAAAUGCAGAACAUGCAGGGUAUGCCCGGAAUGCCCUCCAUCCCAGGAUUGGCUGACAUGGCUGGCAUGGCGGGAAUGGGUGAGCCUUCGGGGGCUGCUGGCACGGAGAAGAAAAAGAAGGAAAAGAAGAAGGGUAAGGCCUGAGUCUAAUAGGGCUGGUAUAUGGCAUUUCCACGGACCUGCUACUUGCAUUGCACGGCGACAGGCGUUUUUCCUUUCUUUGCUUCAGAAAUGAUAGAGGAUAUAAGAUUCCCUGAUACCUCGAAUGAUUGGUGCCCCGAAGAGAGGACUGAGGGUGUGGCACAUUUUUGUCGAACUGGGCCGGGCUUGGUUUGACGCAUGUACAAUGCUCCAAGAUAUUUAAGACAG